AAGGUGCUGGAUGGUGGUGGGGGGUGUACCACUGAUGAGAGAGCGGCCGAAGGAAGGAAGGGGACGCUUUAGUACGCGCUGAAGGACUGUAACGUUAAUUCACUGGAAACCGAGCAGAAACACCAGGGCAGAGGUCCAUCCAUCUCCCGUGUGCGGUUGCCCCAGAUUGCCGUGCUUCUGGUUUUCCAGCAGUAAUGUCACAGAGGAGUGGGCAGGAUGACCCGGAGCGGUACCUCUUCGUAGACCGUGCCGUCGUGUACAACCCGGCAGCUCAGGCGGACUGGACCGCCAAGAGGCUGGUGUGGAUCCCGUCGGAGCGCCACGGCUUCGAGGCGGCGAGCAUCCGUGAGGAGCGCGGGGAUGAGGUGGUGGUGGAGCUCGCCGAAAACGGGAAAAAGGCGGUGGUCAACAAGGACGACAUCCAGAAAAUGAAUCCGCCCAAGUUCACCAAGGUGGAGGAUAUGGCUGAACUCACAUGCCUGAACGAGGCGUCGGUGCUUCACAACCUGAAAGACCGAUACUACUCCGGCCUCAUCUAUACAUACUCUGGCCUCUUCUGCGUGGUCAUUAAUCCCUACAAAAACCUGCCCAUCUACUCGGAGAACAUCAUAGAGAUGUACCGCGGCAAAAAGCGCCACGAAAUGCCUCCUCACAUAUAUGCCAUCUCAGAGUCUGCAUACAGAUGCAUGCUACAAGAUCGAGAGGACCAGUCCAUUCUUUGCACAGGCGAGUCGGGAGCUGGUAAGACAGAAAACACAAAGAAGGUCAUCCAGUACCUCGCACAUGUUGCUUCCUCCCACAAAGGAAGAAGAGACCACAACAUUCCUCCAGAAUCCCCCAAACCAGUGAAACUACAGGCGCAAAAUGCAGUUAGUGGAUCCCUGUUUUAUGGUGAACUGGAACGCCAGCUUCUUCAGGCCAACCCCAUCCUGGAGUCUUUUGGCAACGCAAAGACUGUGAAAAACGACAACUCGUCACGUUUUGGGAAAUUCAUUCGCAUUAACUUUGAUGUUGCCGGGUACAUCGUGGGUGCCAACAUCGAAACUUACUUGCUGGAGAAAUCCAGAGCGAUUCGUCAAGCCAAAGAUGAACGCACCUUCCACAUUUUUUACCAGCUGCUGGCAGGAGCUGGAGAGCAUCUCAGAUCCGAUCUGCUUUUGGAAGGGUUCAAUAACUACAGAUUCCUGUCGAAUGGCAACAUCCCGAUUCCAGGCCAACAGGACAAAGACAACUUCCAUGAAACCAUGGAGGCCAUGCACAUCAUGAGCUUCGCACAUGAAGAGAUUCUGGCGAUGUUGAGGGUGGUGUCUUCAGUGCUGCAGUUUGGUAACAUCAUCUUCAAGAAGGAGAGAAACACUGACCAAGCCUCCAUGCCUGAUAAUACUGCUGCUCAGAAACUGUGUCAUCUGCUUGGUAUGAAUGUGAUGGAGUUUACCAGAGCCAUCCUGACGCCCAGAAUCAAAGUGGGAAGAGACUACGUCCAGAAAGCCCAGACCAAGGAGCAGGCUGACUUUGCUGUGGAGGCGCUCGCUAAAGCAACAUAUGAGCGCCUGUUCCGCUGGCUGGUUCAUCGUAUUAAUAAAGCUCUGGACAGAACCAAGCGGCAGGGCGCCUCCUUCAUUGGUAUUCUGGACAUUGCUGGGUUUGAAAUUUUCCAGCUGAAUUCCUUCGAGCAGCUCUGCAUCAACUACACCAACGAGAAGCUGCAGCAGCUCUUCAACCACACCAUGUUCAUCCUGGAGCAGGAGGAGUACCAGAGGGAGGGCAUCGAGUGGAGCUUCAUCGACUUCGGCUUGGACCUGCAGCCCUGCAUCGACCUCAUCGAGAGACCGGCGAACCCUCCAGGAGUGUUGGCUCUGUUGGAUGAGGAGUGCUGGUUCCCCAAGGCCACAGACAAGACCUUUGUAGACAAACUGAUCCAGGAGCAGGGAACUCACACCAAGUUUCAGAGACCCAGGCAGCUCAAAGACAAGGCUGACUUCUGCAUCAUCCACUAUGCGGGAAGGGUUGACUACAAGGCAGACGAGUGGCUGAUGAAGAACAUGGACCCUCUUAACGACAACGUGGCCACGCUUCUUCAUCAGUCAACAGACAAAUUUGUGGCUGAACUGUGGAAAGACGUGGACCGAAUCGUGGGUCUGGACCAGGUGGCUGGGAUGAACGAAACAGCAUUUGGCGCCACCUAUAAAACCAAAAAGGGAAUGUUUCGUACGGUGGGGCAGCUGUACAAAGAGUCGCUCACCAAACUCAUGGCCACCCUGAGGAACACCAACCCAAACUUCGUUCGCUGCAUCAUCCCCAACCACGAGAAAAGAGCCGGUAAGUUGGAACCUCACCUGGUUCUGGAUCAGCUGAAGUGUAACGGAGUCUUGGAGGGAAUUCGGAUCUGCAGACAGGGCUUCCCCAACCGGAUUGUCUUCCAGGAGUUCAGACAGAGAUAUGAAAUUCUCACCCCCAACGCCAUUCCAAAGGGAUUCAUGGAUGGGAAACAGGCCUGUGAGAGAAUGAUUCAGGCCCUAGAGCUGGACCCAAACCUGUUCCGCAUCGGUCAGAGUAAGAUCUUCUUCAGAACCGGAGUUCUGGCUCAUCUGGAGGAGGAGCGAGACCUGAAGAUCACCGACAUCAUCAUUUACUUCCAGUCCGUGUGCCGCGGAUAUUUAGCUCGCAAAGCUUUUGCUAAGAAGCAGCAACAGCUCAGCGCUCUGAAGGUCCUCCAGAGGAACUGCGCUGCUUACCUGAAGCUGCGGCAUUGGCAGUGGUGGAGGCUCUUCACCAAGGUGAAGCCGCUGCUUCAGGUCACCAGGCAGGAGGAGGAGCUGCAAGCCAGAGACGAGGAGCUGGUGAAGGUGAAGGAGAGACAGCUGAAGGUGGAGAACGAGCUGGUGGAGAUGGAAAGGAAACACCAGCAGCUCCUUGAGGAGAAGAAUAUUCUCGCGGAGCAGCUUCAUGCAGAGACUGAACUGUUUGCUGAGGCCGAAGAGAUGAGAGUUCGCCUCCUCUCUCGGAAGCAAGAGCUGGAGGAAAUCCUGCAUGACCUGGAGUCCCGGGUGGAAGAGGAGGAGGAGAGGAACCAGAGCCUGCAGAACGAGAAGAAGAAGAUGCAGUCUCACAUCCAGGACCUGGAGGAGCAGCUGGACGAAGAGGAAGCUGCGAGGCAGAAGCUGCAGCUGGACAAAGUGACGGCCGAGGCAAAGAUCAAGAAGAUGGAGGAGGACAUUCUGCUGCUGGAAGACCAAAACUCAAAGUUUCUCAAGGAGAAAAAACUGGUAGAGGACAGGAUCGCUGAGAUGACGUCCCAGCUGGCAGAGGAAGAGGAGAAGGCCAAGAAUCUGGGCAAAGUGAAGAACAAGCAGGAGAUGAUGAUGGUUGAUCUUGAGGAGCGCUUAAAGAAGGAGGAGAAAACGCGACAGGAGCUGGAAAAGGCCAAACGUAAACUGGAUGCUGAGACCACCGACCUGCAGGAUCAGAUCGCAGAGCUUCAGGCGCAGAUCGAGGAGCUGAAGAUGCAGCUCACCAAGAAGGAGGAGGAGCUGCAGGCUCUGUUAGCCAGGAGUGACGAGGAAGCGGCUCAGAAGAACAACGCCUUAAAGCAGGUCCGUGAGCUGCAGGCGCAGCUGGCCGAGCUCCAGGAGGAUCUGGAGUCGGAGAGGAUCUGUCGGAGCAAAGCAGAGAAACUAAAGCGGGAUUUGAGCGAGGAGCUGGAGGCUCUGAAGACGGAGCUGGAGGACACGCUGGACACCACCGCCGCCCAGCAGGAGCUCAGGUCAAAGCGAGAGCAGGAAGUGGCAGAGCUGAAGAAAGCCAUAGAAGAAGAAUCCAAAAACCACGAGGCUCAGAUCCAGGACAUGAGACAGAGGCACGGCCAGGUUCUGGAGGAACUGUCCGAUCAGCUGGAACAGGCCCGCAGGUUCAAGGCCAACCUGGAGAAGAACAAGCAGGGCUUGGAGAGCGACAACAAAGAGCUGGCCUGCGAAGUGAAGAGCCUGCAGCAGACCAAGACGGAGUCGGAGUACAAGAGGAAGAAGGUGGAGGGCCAGCUGCAGGAGUUCAUGGCUCGAGCCACCGAGAUGGAGCGGGCCAAAGGAGAGCUGAGCGAGCGCUCCCUCAGGCUGCAGACGGAGCUGGACAACGUGUCCGCCUUACUGGAGGAGGCCGAGAAGAAGGGCGUCAAGCUGGCGAAGGAAGUGGACAACCUGAACAGCAAACUGCAGGACUCUGAGGAGUUGCUCCAGGAGGAAACUCGUCAGAAACUGAAUCUGAGCGGCCAAAUCCGCCAGCUGGAGGCAGAAAAGAGCAACUUGCUGGAGCAGCAGGAGGAGGAGGAGGAAGCGCGCCGCGGCCUGGAGAAGCAGCUGCAGACGGUUCAGGCUCAGCUGUUUGAGACGAAGAAGAAGCUGGACGAGGAUGUGGGCGUGAUCGAGGGUCUGGAGGAGGCGAAGAGGAAACUCCAGAAGGACGUGGAGCUCACCAACCAGCGGCUGGAGGAGAAAACCAUGGCGCUGGACAAGAUGGAGAAGACCAAGAACCGGCUGCAGCAGGAGCUGGACGAUCAGAUGGUGGACCUGGACCACCAGAGGCAGAUUGUCUCCAACCUGGAGAAGAAGCAGAAGAAGUUUGACCAGAUGCUGGCUGAGGAGAAGACGAUCUCGGCUCGGUACGCCGAGGAGCGCGACCGGGCCGAGGCGGAGGCCCGGGAGAAGGAGACCAAGGCUCUGUCUCUGGCCAAAGCUCUGGAGGAGGCGCUGGAGGCCAAGGAGGAGCUGGAGCGGUUCAACAAGCAGCUCCGCACUGAGAUGGAGGAUCUGAUGAGCUCCAAGGACGACGUGGGAAAAAACGUGCAUGAACUGGAGAAGUCCAAGCGAACCCUGGAGCAGCAAGUAGCGGAGAUGAGGACGCAGCUGGAGGAGCUGGAGGACGAGCUGCAGGCCACGGAGGACGCCAAGCUGCGACUGGAGGUCAACAUGCAGGCCAUGAAGGCCCAGUUCGACCGAGACCUGCAGGCGAAGGACGAGCAGGGAGAGGAGAUGAAGAGAGCGCUGGUCAAACAGGUGCGCGAGAUGGAGGCCGAGCUGGAGGACGAGAGGAAGCAGAGAUCUCUGGCUGUCGCUGCCAGGAAGAAGCUGGAGGUGGACCUGAACGAGCUGGAGGGUCAGAUCGAAGCUGCCAACAAAGGCCGGGAUGAAGCAAUCAAACAGCUCAAAAAGCUGCAGGCUCAGAUGAAAGACUACCACAGAGAGCUGGAGGAGUCCCGAGCCGCCAGAGACGAGAUCUUCACCCUGUCGAAGGAGAACGAGAAGAAAUUCAAGAACUUAGAAGCUGAAAUCUUGCAGCUGCACGAGGACUACGCAGCAUCGGAGCGAGCCCGGCGCCACGCGGAACAGGAGCGGGACGAGCUCACCGAUGAGAUCUCCAACAGCGCCGCUGGGAAGUCAUCGCUGCUGGAGGAGAAGAGGCGGCUGGAGGCUCGCAUCUCCCAGCUGGAGGAGGAGAUAGAGGAGGAGCAGGGCAACAUGGAGCUCCUCAACGACCGCUUCAGAAAGAGCAGCACGCAGGUGGACACGCUGAACGCUGAGCUGACUGCAGAGCGCAGCGCUGCGCAGAAGAGCGAGAACGCUCGGCAGCAGAUGGAGCGACAGAACAAGGAGCUUAAAGGUAAACUAGCAGAACUAGAAGGAGCUGUGAAGUCGAAGUUUAAGGCGUCCAUCACUGCACUGGAGGCCAAGAUCCUGCAGCUGGAGGAGCAGCUGGAGCAGGAAGCCAAGGAGAGAGCAGCGGCCAAUAAGAUCGUCAGGCGUACCGAGAAGAAGCUGAAGGAGGUGAUGAUGCAGGUGGAGGAUGAGCGUCGCCAUGCCGACCAGUUCAAGGAACAGAUGGAGAAGGCCAACUCCCGCAUGAAGCAGCUGAAGCGUCAGCUGGAGGAGGCCGAAGAGGAGGCGACCAGAGCCAACGCGUCCCGCAGGAAGCUGCAGAGGGAGCUGGACGACGCCACCGAGGCCAGCGAGGGCCUCACCAGAGAGGUCAACUCCUUAAAGAACCGUUUGAGGCGAGGCGGCCCAGUCAGCAGCUUCUCCUCCAACCGCUCCGGCCGACGCAACCUCAACCUGGACGGCGCCUCCGGCGACAUGUCGGACGACGACGCCGACAGCCGAUCCAACGACUUCAACGACACGCAGACCUCCAACGCCGACUAAACGACACUUUUGAUCCUGCUGCCUCUGCUCCCACAGUGGCCACCGGAGCGGUUCUGUUUUUGUUUGUUGUUGUUUUAAUCUAACGCUGCAGGAAAAAUCCAACGCCCUCUUUGAGAAAACGGACACUUCUGCCUUACUCUGUCCUCCGCUGGUUUGGCUCGAUCAUAUUGUCAUUUCCUCCCACCAAAUUAUCCGCUCAACUUAACGAGAACAUACGCAUAAAGGUACAAAGUGCUUCUUUUUUUCUUUUUUUUUUACAUGUUCAACUUAGUAAGUGUGUCAAACCAGAACUGAAUGGAAAAACAUUUUCAUUUCUGGUGCCGGACUCAUCCUCUCCAACAGGGAACUUUCUGGGACACACGACAGGAAAACCUGGAAUCUGAACUGACAUGUUACUGUGAAAAUUAUAUAGUGUUUUAUUUACCUGCUUCAUCUCAACAUUAAUGUAGGAACGUGCAGUUUGGUGUCAAAGUUCGGCUUGAAGCUGGAAAAAGAUGCUGGAAAAAUGCGCAGAACUGCACAGAACAUCUGAAACCUGGAAAGAAAUGCUUCGCUAAAUGGUUUUCCGCUGAUAAACCGCUGGUACACCUCA